GUUAUCACUCAUGAGUUGUAUUUUGAAUAAAUAUGGGACGAGUAUACAUGCGCAUGCGCAAAUCGCACAUUUUGUCAUGAGACUCGUCGUUUAUAUGUGCUUCAAAAUAUCGAGAGUCGGGACUCGGGAGUACACGGGCAUGGCUUCAUUCGUUGUGUAUUAUCUAAGGUACUUGUCAGUUGUCUAUGGGUAGCUAUUUUCUUUUUUUUGUUUACUUGAUGCUUACCAGCUACCCCACUUGUACUACAAAACAACAUUUCAAUGUCAGGAGUCAAUCGUUAUGAUCAAUAUAGAUCUGGUCAGGGUAAAAGAAAAAAAAAUUCGAUCCCUCACAAUUGGAUGAAUUGCCCUCCUAUAGCUACCUCAGGCAUAGCCAAUGCAUUUGUGGUGUUCAAAACACCGUUAGAUUAUAAAUAUAACAGUAAAAUAGCAAUCCAUAAGAGAUUUGAUCCAAUAACGGUAUUUCAACAUAUGUUUUCAUAUCAGCAAAGUAUUGGUUUAUGGAUUGAUCUCACAAAUACUACACGUUACUAUGAUAAGUUUGAAAUAGAAAAAAUGGGAUGUGUUUAUAAAAAAAUAGCUUGUGCUGGUCAUGGAGAUUUGCCUCAUCCAGAAGUAAUUAAAUUGUUUUUGAAUAUUUGUUCAAAUUUUCUAGAAAACAAUUUUUCACAGUUUAUUGGUGUUCAUUGUACUCAUGGAUUUAACCGAACAGGAUUUUUUGUAGUUUCUUAUUUAGUAGAAGUACUAAAUUAUGAUAUAGCGAGUGCGAUUCGUCAUUUCGCAGCAGCUAGACCCCCUGGUAUCUACAGACAAAACUAUAUAGAUGAGCUUUACAAACGGUAUGGGCGGUACUCAAAUGAAGCACCAAUCUUGGCUCCAAAACCUCAUUGGAUUUUUUAAUUUUUAAAUUGUAAGGCUUACAAUCAUUAGGAAGGUGGUACUUAUAUAUAAAAACUAAAAAGAUUGAGAACCACUAACGGCCCGUAUUGCAAUUAGUUAAACCAAGGUUAAACCGCCAAAUUUAUCCGGUAAAAUCAGUAACCAAGGUUUAACUAUGUUUGUAAAACGGACACUAAUCAGUUGUAAGCUAUUGACAUAAUAUGGUUUUCACCUACAUUGCUCAAAAUUAAAGAAAAAUGAAAUUAUAACUAAUUUUACAAUUUAACAUUAAGUAUUUGUAUCUAACAAUGAUAAUAAAAAUAUUUUUUCAUGAAAUAA